GCUCAGGCUCCAAAGGCAGGCGCCGUGCCCCUGCCUCACCCCCCGCGCACCGGGCCUCCCCGCCGCCCGGUUCGCCCGCCCGCCGUGCCCCGCGAUACCUGCCAGGCAUGGCGGACCAGAUGCCGAAGGAGGUGGAACGCAGCAUCCGCGCGCUUCCAGGGAACAAGGUCUGCGUCGACUGCGACAACAAGAACCCGCAGUGGGCCAGUGUUUCUUACGGCUGCCUGAUGUGCCUGGAGUGUUCUGGAGUCCACCGCUCUCUUGGGGUGCACCUGUCCUUCGUGCGCUCUGUGGCGAUGGACUCGUGGACGGACAAGCAGAUCUCGGCCAUGGAGCUGUCUGGCGGCAACGAUAAGCUGGUGGAAUACUUCAAGUCCAAGGGCAUCGACAAGAAAACGAAGAUAGAAGACAAGUACAAGAGCGUGCAGGCGGACUGGUACAAGGCCCGCCUGGCGAGGCUGGUCGAGGGCCAGGUCCACGACGUGCCGGAGCCAGGUAAGCACACCGCGGGCGCUUCCUUCGUCGCCGCCCAAGAUGUCAUGGACGGCAAGGCCGCGCGCAGCACCUCGUGCUCCACGGCCGCCUCGUCCACCGCGCACGGGCGGCAGGGCAGCCCGGAGAGCAGCCCGCCGAAGCUCAAGCAGCCCAAGGGCUCCUUCGACUUCGACGACUUCGACAGCUUCUUCGAGGAGGCCUGCGCGGCGCCGCCGGCGCCGGCUCCUGCGCAGCGCUCCCAGACCGUGGCGGCGGCGGCGCCGGCUGCUCCGAAGCCCGCGGAGCUGGAGCGCGGCAAGAGUGCCCCGGCGGCCGUGGCGCCGGCGGCGCAGCAGCAGCCCGAGGCCAAGCCCGUGGCGCAGACCGCGCAGGAGAAGGAGGUGAUGGCCAUCAAGAACAUGAGCCUCAAGGCCGAAGCGCCAAAGCCGAAGCCGAAGGCCAAGGAGGCGCCGACCGGCGACGACUUCUUCGCCAGUUUCGGAGUCGAUUAGGUGAGUUUUGGUCGCUCGUCCUCGUCCUCUUUCUCCUUCCCGUCCUCACUCAUCCUCCUCCUCCUCUCUCCUCCUCCUCCCCUCCUCCUCCUCCUCC